GUUUCUACAACCGCUUGGAAUUUUAACGCUUUUGUUGUGAAGAAUAAAGGGGAUUAUUCUAAGAUGUGAUAUUUGCUUCUAUCAAAGAGAGAAGAAGAUGUAGAGGGGAUACCAUCGGGACAGAUUGGUCGUGCUAUCAAAUGCCAGGCUAAGGCAUAAAAGACAGAACAUGUCCUCACUGUGCAGAUUGGAAUUGUUAUUUCUCCUAUGCUUACUGAGAGCAAGCUUCUGCUAUGUGCAUGAGCCAGAUAUACUUGAUAUUGUGAAUGGAGGUGCUGCAACAAACAGUGAACUUUUUAUACAGAGAUUUAAUUUGGAUUUGCCUGAUGUUAGUGUUGUGGAAGGGCAUUUGUUUCAGUACAAAAUACCAACUGUGGCUUUUGAAAACAGGCGUCUUGUUGUUCAGUUGACAGAAGUUGGAAAACCCACAUUACCAUCAUGGAUGUACUUCAACCAGUCAUCUCACACUCUUGUGGGCAUACCGGUCACUGCUGGUCAGUUUUACAUACAAGUAGAUAUAAAGGUAUACACUGGAAUAAUUCCCAGCAAGGACAUCAACAGGGGCAACAGUGAUGAGCUCUGGUCAGAUGAAUUAGUAACAAAUAGGGGGCAGCACAGGACAGAGGGGUUGUUAACAGAUGGAUUUAUAAAGAAGGAGCACUUGGUUGCCACUGAUGUGUUCAGUAUUAUUGUCUGUGAUGCCUUGACAAGUUGUCAACCAGUUCACAGUGAGCCACAGAGCCUUCAAAACUUUCAGGAAUCUCCAAAAAUAACAUCAACAUCAUCGCCUUCAUCUUCAUCUUCAUCAUCGUUUUCUUCAUCGAACCAACCUGAUUGUCCCGGAGAAGUGUUUGCUUACUCUGCCAACAUUGUCUUGGAUGUAGACCUGGCAGAGCUCCCAUUACAUAGAAGAAUGAAGCUUUUGCAAAAUUUGGCAAGCUUUGUUCAAAUUCCUGUAGAGAAAGUAACAUUAAAUGAGUACAUGGGAAUGAGAGGGAAUACUGUGAACCAAGAACUAGUUAUUUUAAUGGCAGGACCAGGGAAUGUUCUAAAUGGCAUCACCUCCUCCAGUGGCAAAGGCGUCCUUAUGUCGUGGCCAAUCAGCUGUGGGGAGUUCAGAUUUGCCAGAGACUUCAGCCAGGUCCUGGAUCACAACGUGGCCGGUGGGAGAAUAACCAGCGAAAUUGGCUUCAAUAUCAUUGGUUGGCAUAUCAUGGCAUUCAUGCCAACGAGGUCUGGGGGCCAGAAGAAAAAGCGCACAAAGAGACAGCUGAAUCAGGCGACGCCAUUCCCAGGCACGCCUUCGCUCAGCAUGGCACAGCCCACCAGGUUGACUCUGCUGUCCACCAUAUAUGAGACACUGAGCACAGACAUGACAUCUUCCCCACAACCCCCAGUACAAACUUCUAGUACCAGUACUGUCGUAUCAGCUUCAAGCCUUUUUGACAGCUCUGUUUUUUCAGCGUCAUCCAGCGAGGACAUGACUGUUUCUACGGAUGUUAGUCCAUUGUCGCCAUCAACUAGCGAGUCUGUGUCAGAGGGACCAUCUCAAACUGUUACUUUGUCCAGCAUUAUAGAGACAUCUUCACUAGUUGACCAGUCUAGCGAGAGCACUUUUGAGUUUUCUACUCUUAUUUUGUCAUCAUUUGUCACUGUAGAUACAACAUCUGCCAGCAUAGAUACAGUAGUGACAUCAUCAGCAACAGCAACAAUCUCAGUUACAUCAUCAUCGGUUUUUAAUGUCACCACAGUAAUGCCAACAGUAACAACAGCAGUAACAACAGAAGAAACAACAACAGAGAUAACAACAACUCCAGAGGCAACUACAACUGAACCUGAAACUACAACUGAAGAAGAAGUGACAACAACAGAAGCCGAGACAACAACAGUAGAAGUAACAACUACUGAACUUGAUACAACAACGAUGCUAACCACAACAAUACCACUGCCAACAACAACAGAGAAACAAACCACUGUACUAAACACAACAAUAUCAGCACCAACAACAACAGUAACAGUAGAAGAUACAACCACUGUAGAAGAUACUACUACAGUAAAGCUGACCACUACAACUGAAGGAAUUACAACUUCAACCACAGCAACAACUACGGAAAAUAUAACUGAAGUAGUGACAACAGCUACAACAAAAAUACAAACUGAUACAACAACAGCGAACAUCACAGAGAAGUUCACCACUGAAGCAGUAACAACUCCAUACUUGACAACAGAAGCUGUAACUACAACUUUGCAACCCACAACAGGAGUAACUGUGGCUUUGAAUACUACUGUAAAAAAUACAACAGCAGCAGCACUGAGUACCACUGAAAUGCUCACAACUGAAGCAGUUACAAAUGUCACAACAGAGGUCACAACAACCACCACAGCAGUAACAACUGAAACAACAAUUGCCACCACCGAAGCAACUACAACUACUCCCACAGAAAUCACAACUGAGCAAAUAACAACAACAACGGAAUCAUUAACAACUAAACCAGUGACAACAUCACUUACAACAACAGAGUCGAUAACCACACCCGCUACCACUGCAACAACACCUUCUGAAACAACAACGGAAGUCAUUACAACUUCCACGGAAGGGGCGACUACUACUGAGGCAACAACUGAGAGUAUUACAACAUCUGAAGGCAUAACAACAUCAACAGCAGCAUUGACAACAACAAAACCAACAACACCAACUUCAACAACAGAUAUGAAAACCACAGCAGAAAAAACAACAACAACAAAGGCAGUGACAACAACGUUUGAAAUUACAACACCGAAAGAUGAGACAACCACAACUUCUGAGACCACUACAGCUCCGUCUACUACAGUGAGCCCUACUGUUGCCAUGACAACAGCCAAAGAAACAACAACAACAGUAAUGACAACUACAUUGCCACCAACUACCACUGUGCAGACAACUACAAUAGAGAUCACCACAGUGCCAGUAAACCAGGCCCCCAUUCUGUACAACCAGUUCGAUAAUCUUCGAGUGUUUCAAGGGGAGUAUUUCAGCUACCUGGUACCCCGUGACACCUUCCACGACAGAGAAGAUGGGGACACCAGACACCUCAAUCUGUCCCUUCUGGACAGUGGGACUGGAGAAAUACUUGGGCCUGCGUCAUGGGUUUUGUUUAAUGAGCCAAAUCAAAUCAUAUAUGGAGUUCCAGUGUUUGCCAAUUUGCUUCUUAAUCCGCAGGAAUUUCACCUCAUGGCAGAAGAUUCUGGUGGAUUGUUCAGCACUGAGGUGUUUAAUAUUUUUAUCAACAGUUCAAGCGUGGUGGAUGUAUCCCAUGUGUUUGUUAUAUCUCUAGAGGAGAAUUACUUACAGUUUGUUAAUGAUACUCAAAACUUGAUCACAGUGAUGCAAAAAAUUGGAAAAUUUUUCGGGGAUUCAGACUCUAGAUUCAUCACAGUUGUAUCAGUCACUAAUGGAUCUGUGAAUGUUGCUUGGAGUAACAACAGUUUCUCAAAACUAGUUUGUCAGAAUGAAAGCAUACACUUCCUUCUAGAUGAAAUAAUUGACCCAACUUCGGGGAACAUCAAAUCAAAUUUCUCAGCAGCGAUGCUCCCAGAGUUCAGGGUAAUCUCCGUCCAGUAUCGCCCCCUAGGGGUGUGUGUGCCAGGUGAUGUGCUGCCCCCUAUAGUUUCUGUGGGGGCAGUUGCCAUUGACAACUACUAUAUUUAUCUUGUCACAAUUAUCCCAGCAGUGGGUGUGGUGCUGAUUCUAUUGCUCAUUGGUUUGAUUGUCUGCAUCCUGUACAGACGUCGUAGGGACAGUGGAGACAGACUGGUCAAGGCAGACAAGCCAACAUACAAUGCCAAGCGUGGCAAACGAAAACCAGUCAUUUUACCGGAGGAGCUCGAAUUACAGGAGGUGGAUCGUAAGCCUAAGAAACCACUAUUCCUGUUACCUGACAGCGAUCCCCUCAUGGGGGGUCCUGCAGCUAGACCACCUGCAGAGAGACCACACCCGCCACCGCCACCCCAAUAUCGUGUACCACAGUUUGACUUUGAUUGGCCUGAUCAGGGGGAUCAGACCACGCCCCCACCUUCAUAUCACAGUGGGAGUGGGCGGGGCCCCCAUAGGCCACCCCCACCUGCCUAUCGUCUCCCUCCGCCCUAUUUGGCUGAACAAGAGGAUUCCUCAGUGUAGCCAUACCCCUUUCUGUGUAUUUAAGCCACACUCUUAUUUAAGAUUAUUUUGGUUGCUUGUUUGAAUACCCUUUCAGUCCACAUACGUUGGACACUCACUUGUAACAAACUGAUCAGAAUCUAGAAGCCUCCAUCCCAUCUGAUGACAAAGAAGGCAGUACAUGCUUUAACAGACUUCUCAUUUAACAGUCCUUAUUAACACUAUCAUUAUAUGUAAUAUUCACAAUAUUUAUUAUUUGCCAUAACACAUGGUUGUAUGACUUUCCAGACUCCUGGUGCCUCAAUUAAAUAUAGAGUUUGCAGGUUUUUUUGUUUUUUUUACGAUAUUUGUUUCCUCCAAAAGGCCUCAGACACCCAUUUGAUAAGUGAUAUUGAACUUUUUUCAACUGUGACUUAAUGUUUUAUUUUUGAAUUUGUUUUAAAUUCAUCAUCAUGUUUAAAUAAUGAAAAUUAAUCAUUUAUAUUUCAGGAACUCUAUGCAAGUUUUUACGUGAAAAUAUCUUCCUUUUUGUAGAGGAAAAUGUGUAUGUAACAUAACAAUCUGUAUACUUUCUUAGACGUCCAAUAAGAUUUACCGUCCAGUAAAUAUAUCUAUCUGAUUUGCCAAAUUUUCAGUUAAAGUCUUUUAGAGGUCUUUUCAAAGGAAUAAUCAUGGGAUGUUCAAACAUGCCUUUAGAAAGGUAUUUCCAUGAUGAUAUAAUUUCAAUUUUACUGUAUUGUCUUUUUCCAAAGAUAUUUAAUUUUCAAUGCAGUAGGAGAAUAUUUAGCAUAUUGAACUAUAACAAGAAGCAAAAUGCUUUAGUGUGAAGAUUUAUAUAUAUUUAUAUAUCUUAUUAUGUUUUGCAUUUUUGAAUUGAAUUUUUGUUACCAACUUGAAUGCAAGAACUGGUUCUAAAUGUUGUGUGCAUUCUGCAUGCUUUA